GGUCAGAUAACAGCUGCUGAGGGGGCGAGAGGCGGCGUGCCUUCACCAAGGGGGAGGCACUAGGGGUUGACCGAGGAUCGGGCAGAAUCGUGUAAUGAACUGUCAGCGAUGGGUCUGUGCGCGCCGGGUGAUUAGAUAGCCCGGCGUCGGUGGGGAAACGUGCCGCGGAGAGGAGGUGAAGAGAGCAACAGUGAAGCAGCAGCAGCAGUUUGAGCAGCGGAAGCAUCUGUUGCGGGCCUUUGACGUGCCGUGUAGCCGCUGGAUCGUACUGGGUAGCUGUGAGCCAUGGCUGUGGCUGGCGGUGCCGACCCAACCACUGCACGUGUUGAAGAACUGCUGGCCGGAAUUCUGUCAGCUCACUCGCGUCCCGAUUACGUGCGUCCCGUGCGCCCGUGGAAGCCGCAUCCGGCCAUCGCGCCGCUGGACUCCGAGGAGAAGCCCGUCGUGCAGCUGGUACGCCGGCUCAGCAUCGAGAACGACGAGAAGAGAUAUGUGGCAAUGGACCUCCUGCCCAAGACCAUGCAAAUCGUGCAGGACAACGGCAUGUAUGACUGGUUUUGCCGCUCACAGUGCACCGGUCUUCUGCAGGUGCAAGCCGCCGAGAUCAAAGCCAAAUCCAUCAACUGGCAGUCCUACCUGCAGUCCCAGAUGAUCAGCCAGGAGGACUACAACUUCAUCGUGGCCUACGAUAACGUGCUGAACGACUCGGCGAAGCGGAACGCGCUGGUGCGCCAGCAGAGCCAGCAGUGCGCCAAGACGUUCCUCAACCUGCUGGGCCACAUCGCCAAGGACCAGACCAUCCAGUACCUGCUGGUGCUCAUCGAGGACAUGUUGUCGGACAAGGAGAACGGCCGCGUGUUCCGCGAGUACGCCCAGCAGAAGGGCGAGAGUGUCUGGGCGCCGUUCCUGACGCUGCUGAACCGGCCGGACGACAUCAGCGUCAACCUGACGGCCUGGAUCCUGGCGCGGCUGGCCUGCGACGGCGGCCGCCAGAUGGAGGGCUCCGACCUGCAGCUCUACAUCACCUGGCUCAAGGACCAGCUGCGCAAAUCGGAGAACCAGUACCUGCCGACGGUGGCCCGCUGCCUGCAGCUUAUGCUGCGGAUAGACGAGUAUCGGUUCGCGUUUAUGCGUGCGGACGGCGUCAACACGCUACAGGCGGUGCUGAGCUCGGGGGUCAACUUCCAGUGCCAGUACCAGUUGGUGUUCUGUCUGUGGGUGCUCACCUUCAACACGGAGAUCGCAGAGACCAUCAGCAGGUACAACCUGGUGCCGCUGCUGGCCGACAUUCUGAUCGACACCGAGAAGGAGAAGGUGGUCAGGAUGUGCGUCGCCACCUUCCGCAACCUGGUGGACAAGCCGGAGUCAGCGUCGGUCUCUCGCGAGAACGCCAUCCAGAUGGUGCAGUGUAAGGUGCUGCGUCACCUGGAGCUCAUCGCGCUGCGCUACAACACCGACGAGGACCUGCGUGCCGACGUCGACUACCUGACCGAAAAACUGACACUCAGCGUGCAUGAUCUCAACUCGCUGGACGAGUACACCACCGAACUCAAGUCGGGCCGGCUGGAGUGGUCCCUGGUGCACAAGUCGGACAAGUUCUGGCGAGAGAACGCCAGCCGCCUCAACGACAACAACUACCAGCUGCUCAAGAUUCUGCUGCACCUGCUGGACACCUCCAAGGACCCGCUGGUGGUCAGCGUGGCCUGUCACGACAUCGGCGAGUACGUCCGACACUACCCGCGCGGAAAACGCGUUCUGGAGAGCCUGGACGGAAAGUCGCGUGUCAUGGAGAAGAUGCUGUCGGAUGACCCGAAUGUGAAGCUGUGCGCCCUCCUGGCCGUGCAGAAGAUCAUGGUCCACAACUGGGACUACCUCUCCAAGAAGCUAGCCAAGGACGAGGCGGAGGCCAAGGACAGCCUGAAGAACCCGCUGGGUCCGAUCCAGUAGCGCCGGGGCCAGCGCGGCGCGCGGUGACGGCCGGACCGACGCCACUACCGUUCAAUGAACACUGUAUUCAUACCGCUGUACUAUAGUGUGUGAGGCCGUGCAGUGUGCGGAUGGGAGCUAAUGAUGGCGAGCUGGAACACGCGCUGAUCUUAGAUGUGUGAUUAUCAGGGGAAGGACGGGCCGAGGACGGCGGCGGCGCGCUGGUCCCGAGUCUGAGCCUUCCUCCGGGCUCGGAGACUGGUCUGGACUGUCCAACUGCGGUGGGAGAGGACUGGGAGGACGGGGGCGCCGCCGCCGGCCCGGCCGCCCGCUACUGAGUGCCUUUCCGUCUGGCCGGCCGGUGGGAGCGGCCCGCCGGCGAUCUUGUUCGGCCGGGUGAUGGAUGGUGUGCCAACGCGUUUUGUGCCUCGUCUUCGAAUCAUGUACACCGACAGAACAUAGCCGAGGUAGAGUAGUGUCCGCGUGAUACGGGCUGAAUCGGUUUUAUAAGGGUUUAUCGGGCCGAGAGCGAGGGACGGCGGGCGACAUUCCACAUUCCAGACUUCCUCGUGUGACUGGCGUGCGUUUAUCAGGGACGGAAGGCUUCGAUCACAGCCCGAUUGUUGAUUAUAAACCGUCCGAGCUCCAGCAACAAAGGAAUGCGUGUGCGGGGUGAGAGCUGUACAAUAUGAACCUGACUGAUGAAAUAUAUAUUACUCAUAUAUCUUA